CGUCGGUGUUCCACGGACCGUUUCGGGUGUAACACGAAGUGCAGCCUUAUAAACAGUGUGUUAUAAGUCUGAUACUGUAACUAGUAAGCUUUAUGAUAAAGUUAUUAAAGUUAUUUUGUUUUAUUUGUGUCAUAACUUAAACGAGGCUCGAAAGGCGCGAGUGUCGCUAACUGUUAGCAUCGGUGCUGGCUGUCCAGAGCUCAGAGCAGGGACAGCGAUGCAGAGUUAACACACACACACACACACACACACACACACACACACACACGGUGAAAGGCUGAAACGUUUCGUGGUUUAAAGCCAGACAGCCUGUCUGCAGAAAUAAGAAAAAAAAAUGAGCAGCCACAGACUACUGUUUUCCGGGUUGUGGACUAUAGGAAGAACAAGAUGGAUCAGUCGACUUCAUGAAGGUAAACAUGGGUGUGGCAGGGCGUUCUUUUCCUCUGGCAAGCCAAAGGUCUGUAUUGUGGGCGGCGGGCCUGCAGGCUUUUACACGGCACAGCAUUUGAUCAAGGCCUGUCAAGAUGCUGAGGUGGACAUUUAUGAGCGGUUGCCCGUCCCCUUCGGCCUGGUCAGGUUUGGGGUGGCCCCUGAUCAUCCUGAAGUCAAGAACGUCAUCAACACAUUCACGCAAACAGCCAAACAGUCAGGCUGUAGCUUCUAUGGUAAUGUGAACGUGGGGAAGGAUGUGAGCAUUCAGGAGCUGCAGCAGGCCUACCAUGCAGUCGUACUGAGUUAUGGAGCAGAGGGGAACAGGACCAUGGGAGUGCCAGGAGAAGACUUGGCCGGUGUGUACUCUGCAAAAGAUUUCGUUGGCUGGUACAAUGGCUUGCCAAACUGUCAACAGCUGAGGCCAGAUCUGAGCUGUGAGACAGCCGUCAUUCUGGGUCAAGGAAAUGUUGCGUUAGAUAUCGCAAGAAUUCUGCUGUCUCCCGUUGACGUUUUAAAGAAGACUGACAUCACCCAGCCCGCCUUGGAAGCUCUAACAAAGAGCCAGAUCCGCAGAGUGUUGAUUGUGGGAAGGAGAGGACCUGCACAGAUCGCAUGCACAAUCAAGGAAGUUAGAGAAAUGGUGAACUUGCCAGACACCAGACCUGAGAUGGUGGCAGCUGAUUUUCAGGGUCUCAGAGAGGUUGUUAAAGAUUUGCCGAGGCCCAGGAAGCGUCUGACGGAACUGAUGUUGAAGACGGCCCUGGAGACGCCAGGAGAGAAGGAGCAGGAGAGGCGAAACAAGGCGUCCCGUGUCUGGGCCUUUCGAUUCUUCCGGAGCCCCGUUGAAAUCCUGGCCAACCCUGACAACAACAGAGCAGCAGGCAUCCGACUGGCGGUCAACAAGCUGGAAGGUUCAGGUGAGGGAGCCCAGGCAGUGCUCACUGGAGAAGUAGAGGAUGUGGCCUGUGGCCUGGUCAUUAGCAGUAUCGGCUACAAGAGCCUCCCCAUCGAUCCAUCAGUGCCGUUUGACUCCCGCAAAGCCAUCGUCCCUAACAAUAUGGGCCGUGUUCAACAAGCUGCAGGUCUGUAUUGUAGUGGCUGGCUGAAAACCGGCCCCACUGGAGUGAUAGCCACCACUAUGAACAAUAGUUUUGACACUGCGCGAUCCUUGGUGGAGGACAUGGACUCAGGAAUGUUGGAUGUAUCUGCUGCCAAGCCGGGUUCACAAAACAUCAGUGGCCUGCUGGAAAAGAGAGGAGUCAUACCAGUGAUUUUCUCAGACUGGGAGAAGAUUGACAGUGUGGAGAUAAGUAGAGGUGAAGCUACUGGAAAACCCAGAGAAAAGCUACUGUCUGUGGAGGAAAUGCUGCAAGUGACUCGACAGUGACUGAAGACAAAAUACAGCUUACAUUAGACUGUUGCUGUAUAGAACAGUUCUUACCACACUGACGUGGAUGUCCGUGACUGACCACAGAAGAGUUACUUUGAUCCACUCACAUGGACCAAUUCAUAAUUCUACUUUUUUUUUUAAAGUAGCUGUUAGCCUGUAAAUUCUUGGAUUCCAGCCUUAAAGCAGCAGGGCUUCCUCAAUUUAUUGUAAUGCAAAUUACUGUCACUGUUCUAAAUGUGUAACUAUUGAAUACAAAUAAAAUGUAACUGAUAGUCUCCCGUCUUCAAGUAGCAUGUACCAUUACUCUUUAAAACAUUUGGCAGCUUACAACCUUUGGUCUAGAGCAUAAUACUUUGUGGGAGAAUUUUUAAAAGCAUGUCAAUGAUACAUCACUGGCUAUUUGAAGUUUUGCCAUUUACAGCAGGAAUUGUAUGCUGCAACAAAUGUAGGAUAAGCACGUCAGAUCACUUGUAGACGGCUCAUUAAGACUAG